AUUCGGCUGGGGCGGGACAGAGAGGGAUGAAUAGGAAAUGAGCAAGACAGCAAGGGGCCUUGCUAUGGGUCGGGAUCUGGGCAGCCUGGCACAGUGGGGGCCCCCAAUCUCAGAUCCCACCCCUCAGGCCCUGCUCUCCCAGCCCUGAGCUCCCCUCCCACAGCUCUGCCGGUGGCCCUCACUCACGAACCGCAGCCCCUCUAUUCUCAUUUCCAUUGUUCCCUAUUGCAGAAUUAGAUAUAGAUCUUUCGUACUAUAAUGAAAAUAUCACACACUGGAACAUACUUCAGUACCAAAGUGAUUUGUAACCCAACACCAGCCAAAGUUGAUUAUUUUGAGCAACACCGCUCUAUCUGCUGGAUAGCUCAGCAGAGUAGGUACGUUCAUGUAAAUACAGUUUGCUCCUGAAGUCUCUUACUCUCAUUCACAGAGUUCAUUCAGACCCUGCUUACAUGUGUAACCUGUUUUAGAGGCUGCAGCAGGCAAAUAUUCAUCUCCGAAAGCAUUUCAUUGCUAUGCAGUCUGUGUUCCGAGGGUUAUUCAGAAUAGGAGCUAUGCUGAUUUCUAGCAGCUGAAGAUCUGGCCUGAUUAGCCUUUGCACUGCUAUAGAACCUUUCAUCUGUGGAUCUCAGGGUCCAUCUCAGCACCUGCAGGACUGGAUUAAUCUUUUGUGGGCCACGGCGCCAGGACCGUCGCUCCGCCCCCCUGCUCUGUCCACUGCUCCAUUCCGACACCCCGCUCCACCCGGCCUCUUCCCCCAGAGGCCCCGUCCGCGCUCCACCCCGUGGCCCCACUCGCACUUGGCCUCUUCCCUCCCAAGGCCCUGCCUGCUGUUUGAAAGGGGUGAGGGGGUGGAGAGGAACAUCUGCCAGCCUGUGUUUGGGAUUCUAGGCCUCAUUAGCAUAUUCAAAGUGCCAAUAUCCAUAUGCUAAUGUGCACCUAGAGGGCAUUUCUGCUCAGCCCUGUGCACCCAGGAAAGUGCCCGGGUGCUCUGAAAAUCCCAGUCAAUGCUGGGUGCUCAGGCAGUUGAGGCUAAACCAAACACCGGCUCGGAGAGCGUGCUGGGUGCCCAAAUGCCAGUGAAGCAGCCACUGGACUGCAACUCAGGAGACCUGCGUUCUAGUCCCCGCACUAGCCCUGCCCUGCUGUGUGACCUUGGGCAAAUUGCUUCCCUGAUCUGUGCCUCAGUUUCCCCCUGCCCUUCGUCUGACUCUAUCUAUUUAGCUUGUGAGCUCAGGGAGGCAGGCUCUGUCUUUCCCUCUGUGUUCAUGAAGAACCCGGUGCACCUGGGUCCUGAUUUCAGCUGUUAUCUCUAGGUUUUACCAUAAUACUGAUGGUAACUUAAACCCCAAAAGGGAGGUCCCAGCGACUGUUUGCACCUGUCUGAGCUUUUGAAAAUGUUGACCCUACUAGUUUAUUUUUUAACUCUCCAAAUCAUGGGUUGUAGGGUCUGAGAAGGGAAGGAAAAACAUCUGAUUUUAGUCUUCCGGCGCUGGGGACUGAAAAUCAGCCUGCAGCUGUAGUGAACAUCCCUAUUUUGAUACAGCCACAGUAAUAGUGAAACCAGAGGUCCUGCCAUUUCCCCAUUCACAGUCCCCUGUGGUGAGCCUGGCAGGGCAACAGAAGUUGUUGUUCUCAGCAUGCAGUCACAGCAGGAAGGGUGUUAGGGUUCACUUAGGAGCCAACCUUGGGAGGAGAAUUUGGGGGAAUUCUUGCUGCCUGCUGAUCAGUUCAGGAUUCCUGCCUAGAAAUCUCCACUGGGCGAACUCCCGUCAGCAGACCAGAAUGAAGCUGUUGCUUUGUAUCUUCCUGGCCUCUCUUGCUUCUGCUGCUACUGCACAUCUACACUCAGACCCGACGCUGGACAACCACUGGGAGCUCUGGAAGAAAACCUAUGGCAAGCAAUACAGCCACAAGAAAGAGGAAGGGGAACGGCGCGUGACCUGGGAAAAGAACCUCAAGCUCGUUAUGCUGCAUAACCUCGAGCACUCACUGGGGCUGCAUUCCUAUGAGUUGGGCAUGAACCACCUGGCAGACAUGACCAGCGAGGAAGUGGCUGCUUUGUUAACUGGAGUGAAAAUUCCCCACCCACCUGACCGGAAUUCCACCUACAGGCCAAGCCCUGGCAGCCAAGUGCCUGACUCCAUGGACUGGAGGGACAAAGGAUGUGUUACUGAUGUGAAAAAUCAGGGGCCCUGUGGCGCCUGCUGGGCUUUCAGUGCUGUCGGUGCCCUAGAAGCCCAGGUGAAACUGAAAACUGGAAACCUGGUGUCUCUCAGCGCACAGAACCUAGUCGACUGUACCAGUAUGUACGGGAACCACGGCUGCAGCGGUGGAUUUAUGACCUACGCCUUCCAGUACAUCAUUGAUAAUGACGGCAUUGAUUCGGACGCUUCCUAUCCGUACACAGCUCGGAACGGAACGUGUCACUAUAACCCUGCCACGCGAGCCGCUACCUGCUCCAAGUUCGCUGAGCUUCCGUAUGCCAAUGAAGCAGCCCUGAAGGAUGCUGUAGCCAAUAUCGGACCUGUGUCUGUCGCCAUAGAUGCGAAACAGCCUUCGUUUUUCCUGUACAGAUCAGGAGUCUACGAUGAUCCACUUUGCACUGAUGAUGUGAAUCAUGGGGUUCUAGUUAUCGGCUAUGGCACCCUGGAUGGGAAGGACUUUUGGCUUGUGAAAAACAGCUGGGGUGAAUAUUUCGGUGACAAAGGGUACAUUCGAAUGUCCAGGAACAAAGGAAACCACUGUGGGAUUGCCAGUUAUGGCUCUUAUCCACAAAUAUAGAGGGACGCUCUGCUUCAGAAUGCACUCUGGAGAUGUGGUCUGUUAAAGUGCGAAUCUUAGCCUUGCUGUAAUCUAACUGCUCUGUUUGAGAACAAUGUACGGGCUGUAGUGGCAAAAUCCUCCCAUCAGAUCCAUCUGACGGACCUGAGAUAAGUAGCCAAAAUGAUGAAUGAUCGUGGUUGGUCUGGUCCAGAAUUUGGGCACUUGUAGCUCACUCUCCCUAUCCCGCAGGGGUGUUUUCAAUUGAUUAAUGUCUAUACAUUCCUUUGCGCAUGUGAAGUGCUAUUUCAGUGCUAAGUAUUGUCACUGCCACUGUCUCAAAACGUAUUGGCUGAAGGCCAUGUCGCACGGAUAAAGCUACUCCACGUGGUGGAGUUGCCGAAGCCACGACAGAGGUAGAGAGGCGAAGUAGAUGGAUCAGCACAUCCCUAGCCACAUGUAUGGAUUUUCCCCAAUACAGGCCACAAAGCAAUCAUUAGCAACCUAGGAGAUCAAGCAAACCAUGGACAUUCCUUGGAGGGGGGAAUGUGUUUCCCAUGGCCACACAAAAUUGGGUUGGUAUCUUGCAAUGCUGCUCCCAUAAGUCUUAUGCGAAGCCAUUACACACCAGCUGUCAGAAACGACCUGAGAUCGCCUUGUGCCGUGGAGAAGCCCAGCCAUGGAACAAAGUGCUUCUGCUGUUAUAAAAUGUGACCUACAGAGUGAAGCCAGCCUUUGCCACCCGCAGCGCUUGGACCAAGGACACGGUGCAGAGAUGAAGGGCCUGAUUCUCUCUGCCACUGCACAGCCAUUUACCCCUCUGUGCAAAGUAGGUGUAUAAUGUUGCUGAAUCAGAAUAGCAGCAGUUUUCAUCCGAGGUAUAAAUGACUGCACGUGAUGCACAGUAGCGGGGAGUCAGGCCCAAAGGCUGUAAAUCUAGCUGCAGGUAGAGGGCUAGUGAUUGAAUGAGCAAGAAAGCAGGGAAAGGGUGAACCUGGAAUCCACACCCCCAGCUGCAAGUGCCAGCACAGCACCGGGAAUCACACAUCUGCUGCCCUGCUCUACUCCACAGGCUGCCGGCCGGGGGCUCCCUGCUUCUGGAUCUGACCUCCUGUGCCCUACUUCGAGAUAUGAUUUGCAGACACCUAUUGACCGAAUCCUUGCGGGAUACAGUUUCACAGUGACGUCACACAUCUCUACAGCACGUGAAAUGCAUUCUCAUCUCUCCAAUUCAGCCGUGAGGUUGCUAUGACGAUCCAGAUGUAAUCUCAUUUGUAAACAAUGCAUGUAAUAGAAAUUACAUAUCCUCUUCUGAAAGGAAAAAAAAAAUAUUCAAUUGUCU